AUGGCGGACGCGGUGGACGCGUCGACGCCGCUGUUGCGACGACGGCGACCGGCGACGGCGACGGUGGCGACGGCGGCGACGGCGGCGACGGCGGCGUUUUUGGCGACGUACGCGUGUUUGGGUGUUGGCGCGCGCGUCGGUGGACGCGCGCUUCCGAGCCUCGGCGUCGUCGGCGCGGAAAACGCCGUGGGCGUGGAAGGAGGCGAGUCGGAUGCGACGAAGUAUGCGGUGCUUCAAACGCAGUGCCUGCUGGUGUGCGGAUCGCAGGGCGACGGCGCGGCGAAGACGUUAAUGGACCUGAGCAUGGAGGCGGGCGGUCGGGCUCCGACGUGCGACGAGCUGCGGGCGGUCACGGCGGCGGACUCUUGCUACGCGAACAAGUGUACGUGCAUGGAGAAGGCGAUGUACACCAAAGAGAUUGAUUUGAUUUGCGCCACGGGAGAGACGACGAUGGAUGCCAUCGAAUCGAGCGCUUUCUUAAAGCAAGAGUUCGAAGCUGGACGCGACGCGUGUCCGCAAGAGUUUGCCCAGACGAAUGAGCGGGCGACUGUGAACAACGCGAGCCAGUUGGGCGUUCCUCUGUAUGCGAGCCCGAAACUUGGAAACAAGGACACGUGGGUGCCCAGAAAAGGUCAACUCCUCGCUCGCGCGCCCAGACAAAAUGAACUCGUCGGCGCCAAGACGCCAACAACCUUCAAACUUUACACGCAGUGUAAGCCCGACCACGUCAAAAAGCUAGGCGGUGAAUUCUGGUUUGAGAGCCUGGCAGGGGCGUACUUGGUCAGACACAAUUAUGGGAGUCAUUCGUUUUUCAAAAAAGAUAAAAGGCUCCGCAUGCAACGAGCCGAACUCGAAGAUGGAGUUUACGGUUACACUCUGACGACGGAUCAGGUUGACUGGGAAUACGGAUUCGAGCUCGAGAACUCGAAUGGGAACACGCUUUUGGAAAUCGGUAAAGUGAACAAAGACCAUCCGACGCUUCUUCAGAGAGAGUCGUGUACUCAACGCUACGGAGAGUAUUUCAACCGGGUGUUGACAACUGAAGAGAACCCAAACACAGUUUCUUACGUCUUUGGUAACUGUACUACCGAGUGCCCGAGUGACUACGUGGACUCUGCGUUCUGCGUUCAACCGCUCACUGACGUCAUUCCUUCAACAGAGUCUGAAGCAUUCGAUAUAGGUGAGCUGGUCGACGCGCGCCUCGCCAACUUUGCAUCCGCGCUGCUUUAUGCUUCGAGUACAUCUGUUUUGAACCGUCAAGGCGGUAGGACGUACGUUGUCAGGUACAACUCGGGCACCAAGAGUCAGCAAGACUGGAUCGUCGGCAUCAGCGACAAAGAGCGCACUCUCGUCAAGAUGGCAAGGAUUCGCGUGAAACGCGACGAAAUCACAGGUACUGGCAAAGUUUGGCGGCUUGAGACGCGAAAGUAUACCCUUCGACGAAAUGCCGGUUACGCGUAUGAAGACUGGAACGAACCAUCGGCCGGUUGCAUGAAGCAGUACUGUGACGUCGCCCGUUACCCUCUCCCAUCCUUUUGGGACCAGUCGAGUCCAAAUAGUGGAGGCGACUAUCGAGUCAUGCGAAUCGAAUACACAAAGCUCGAUCUCGGCGAUGCGCCGCCGCAACAAUUCACAGUUUCGCUCGACGAACGCCCUCUCAGUCCAUCGGUUCCGAAGCAACUACUGGCUCCCGGGACGUGGGGAGAAGAUCUCGACGUUCGCCGCGUCAUCUUGCGCAGUGGCACCAUUUGCGGCUCUUGGAUUAACCAAAAGAACUGCAUGUUUGCCAACGCUGUGCCAGUGAAUCCAAAACACUGGGACGAUUACAACGGACCCACAAAGAAUAUCAAGCAGUGGCUCAUCCUUACCAUGGAUGGUUAUUUCAAGGGGCAACGUAUCGAAGUCACAGUGGGUACUGACGGAGGCGUGUACGCCAGAGCAAUUGAAGCGCGUUAUAUUGUGAGAAGCUACGAUCCGGAUGACCCCAGCACUUUUGAUCCUCUUGCGUACGACUUGAGCGAACAGAUGUCGAAAAGUACGAGCAAAGCGAACAUUGCCGAGGGCUACGACGACGGAGGUUACGGCACGGGCGCGAUCACGUUCCAUCUUGCCGCCGAGAUGAGCGCAUCUCUUCGAGGCGUGAGUUGCUAA